UGCGGCAGUCUGCGCGCGCAGGUUCAAUGCUCGAAACGUUUUCCGCUGGCGCGCUUUCCAAAAUACCGUUCCAAUUUUGAAUAAGUUUUUUUUUUAAGUUUUGGUUUUCGAUUGUUGUUUUGAUACAUUUUUGUUUUCCGAGAUACAGAAACUUUGGACCUUGGAAGUGCUUUGCCUACCUUCUUAAUUUUUCAUCAAAAUGCCGGAUCAAGAAGAGAUGUGGCAGGCGGAGGGCAGCAAGGAGCUGGCCGCCAUCAAGGACUGGCUGAGCAGGCAGCCGCAUCUGCCCCAUGAUGUCGAGGAGGUCCUUCUCCGAAGGUUCGUGGUGAGCUGCGGGUUCAACCUGGAGAGGGCCAAGAAGACCAUCGACCUGUUCUUCACGAUACGGUCCAACGCGCCGGAGCUGUUCCUCAAGAGAGACCCUUGCGCCCCCGAGAUACGGCGGGUUUUCGAAAUCACCGACAUGAUCCCGCUCCCCAACAAGACAAAAGAGAACUACAAGGUCUUCAUAUACCGGUUGAACAACCCUGACCUUGACCUCUUCAACUUCGUGGACAGCGUGAAGACAUUCUUCAUGCUGGCGGACACCCGGCUGACUGAGGACGAGGAUAUCCCGGCGGGCGAGGUGCCGAUAUUUGAUGCGGCCAAUGUGUCCUUGAAGUUCAUCGGGAAAUUGAACUUGUCGGUGCUUAGGAAAUACAUGCUGUAUACGCAGGAGGCCAUCCCGAUCCGGCUGAAGCAAGUGCACGUGAUCAACGCGCCCGCCUACAUCGGCAAGAUCUUCGCCAUCUGCAAGCCCUUCCUCAAGACAGAGGUCUCCAAGCUUAUAAAGUUCCACGUGCCCGACUCGGAGUCCCUGUACUCGGACGUCCCGCGCGCGCUGCUGCCGGCCGAGUACGGCGGCCAGGCCGGCCCCGUCGCCGCCAUCAAGAGCCACUGGGUCAAGCGCAUGGAGGCACGACGGUCGUGGUUCCUUGAGAACGACCAGCGCUGGAAGGUAACUGAAAAGCUGCGUUCAUCCGCGCACAGCGACGCGCGCGCUGAAAAACUGAAGGACGUGCCCGGAUCCUUCCGCGCUCUGGCUCUAGACUGAUGUGUUGUACACUCAUAAACCCUUGUUACAACUGCCAAGUAGAGUAGCCGAGACAGUUGUUGUUGUUGUUGUUGUUGACGAGUUCAUUGGUCGAGGGUCGACCGAGGAUACUGUCUGGCCACUCUACACGGUAGGUGUAACAAGGGUAAUAGAACGAACUGUAGUUAACAAGAGGCUUGUAAGCGUCAUCGUGAUACUUGAACAGUUGAAGUUCAAAGUUAAGACGGAAAGUUAAAAUUCCGGUAUCAUGAUUCGAUGACACUUGCAAGCCUUCAAAAGCUGACAGACUAUUCUAUGAAUUGGAGUUGGAGGUUAGUGUGUAAGAGUAGAAUACAGUGGAAGAUUGAUAGUAAAAAAAAACCCACGAGCGUUACCUAUGUAUAUAUUUUAUAUAACCCUUUGUGGAUUAUAAUAUCUAUAACACCUUGUGUAAACAGAAGGAUAUAUUAUGUGCUGUUUACUACCAAUAUUUAUAAAAAAGGCUGCUGAUGACAGGGUAUUGCGAUGCAUAGGCGGAGGCCUAUGUCCGGUACUGGAAUUUUACAGGCUGAUAAAGAUGAUGAUGUUUAAAAAUACGUUUGGGUAAUGACAGGGGUCGUAGCGGUUCGUAGCACAAAUAGUUUGUCGUACAAAAGAAUUCAACGACGUAAGUUCUAGCUAGGUGGUAACUGUUUUGUUUAAUGCGAUAUACGACAUGUAUUUUUGAAAAUGUUAGCAUUGUUUCAAAAAAUUUACCUAUAUAUUUUUUAAUUUCAAACUCUAAAUAUUUAUUUUUGAUAAGAUUUAAUGAUAAGAAUGUUUUGUGAUUUUUUCC